CUCUCUCUCUCUCUCUCUCUCUCUCAUGUGCAUAUAUGUGCAAGGAUUUAACAAGAAAGUUUGUUGUCUCAGGGCUCUUGUACAAUACCUGGGAGGUUGUAACCUUAAUUCUUGAGGCUGGCCGUCUUCAAUAUUGUUUUUGUGAUCGAUAUAUUGAAGGCCUGCACCUUGUUCGUUCUACUCUUGUUUUUCAUUAGGAGAAAAUGGAACCCGUGACUUUGCCUCCUGGUUUCCGAUUUCAUCCUACCGAUGAGGAGCUCGUCACCUACUAUCUCGAACGAAAAAUCAACAGGCGAAAAAUUGAGCUUGAAAUCAUCCCUGAAGUUGAUCUAUACAAAUGCGAGCCCUGGGAUUUACCAGAGAAAUCAUUGUUACCUAGCAAAGAUCUAGAGUGGUACUUCUUCAGCCAUCGAGAUCGGAAGUACCCAAAUGGGUCAAGGACUAACAGAGCGACUCAGGGUGGAUACUGGAAAGCCACAGGAAAAGACAGGAAGGUUAACGCGCAGAGACGGCCUACGGGCACGAAGAAAACCCUGGUUUACCACAGAGGACGUGCACCGCAUGGGUCAAGAACGGAUUGGGUGAUGCACGAGUACAGACUCGACGAAAAGGAAUGUGAAACUCCCAGCUCUGGUUUGCAGGAUGCUUAUGCAUUAUGUCGGGUGUUCAAAAAGAGCGCACCAGGUCCUAAGAUCAUAGAACAUUAUGGUGUACAAUCUCAAUUGCAUCCCCAAUGGACGACAAUUAAUGAUCAUCCGUCUACCGUUGAGAUCCCUCGUGAUGGAAGAGGAGAUGAAUUUGAGAGCCGUCCCUAUCCAUUUCAGCCAGAGUCUUGUUCUUCAGGCGUUAUGCAGGGAACUGCUUACAAUAGUUCACCCGCAACAUUAGAUCAUGGGAAGUGGAUGCAGUUUCUAGCAGAAGAGGCAUUUAACGCGACGAAUAAUGUGCCAUUUCACAAUUCUUCAAGCUCCUCAUCAUAUGUGCCGUCUAAGGUGGAUGUGGCAUUAGAGUGUGAAAGGCUUCAGCAUAGGUUCUCCAUGCCUGCACUCCAGUUGGAAGACUUCCCCCAAUUCGAUAUACAGGACUCGAAACUUUUGGAUUUAGGCUUCAGUACUCAACUGAAUACCAAUGAAGUCGAGAUCAACGAGCUCGUCAACAGCUCAAUUAGUUAUCCAGACACUAUGUGGGUAGCGAAUAUGAAUCCCAAAUUUGAAACCUAUGCCUCUCUAGUAGAGCCAAGACAUGAAAAAGUAAGUUCAGUGGAGAUCAGUGAUUUGGAUGAGGAGUUUAAGGAAGAUAAGAGGAGAGUGGAGAACUUAAGGUCAGUGAAAACUUUGGACACUGUUAUCUUGCAGAUAAAUUUACAAGGAGAGCAUAAUGCUAUGGCGAAUAACAUUCCAAUUAACCGUCAAAUAGGGGUGUCAACCAAUGAUGAUCAAGGAGUAACCAGUUAUCGACUGAACAACUCUACUGAUCUCGGCGACAACUAUACUGAACAGAUCUACCGUCAAUCUCAAGAAGACAAGUUCCCUCUAGGAUUCAUCAACAUACACCAAGAAGGAGUUUACCAAGAUAAUCAACUGGCGGACACACCAAAUCUUGAUGUCUAUGAGAAUAUCAAAUUCAAUCAUGGAUUAUUCAUGUCGAGCAGUGGGGAGGUAGCCGAAACAUUCUUUCAUCAUGUUGAGCCAUCAAAGAAGAUCAUUGUGCAUCUGAAUCAGGCCACCGUGGUUGACAGAUCAGAAGAAGUUAGAGAUAAGGUCUCUUUCUUUGGUAGGUUGAAAGUAGGGAUCAAGAAAUCCUUGAAGCAUUGCAAUGAUUCCUUUUUAGGAAAUGGGAUACUAGUGUUGCUUCAUGUGAUAUCAAUUGCGUUAGCUUCAUGUGUUUAUCCAUGAGAGGAAUCAAAGGAGGAUAUAAAUUGAGGAAGAAGAUAAAGAAAUUGGGAAGAAAUAAAUGGGGUAAUCAUGAGAAAAAACAAUUGAUUCCCCAUUUAUAAGUAGAGGGGAAGGCUUACCCACAUGUUUUUGAAUGGGAGUUGGCCUUAAUUAGUAACAUAAUAUAACCUACUUAUCUGUAAUCCUACAAAUUUAUGUAUAUUGUAAGAUAUAGAGGUCUACUAGAUUUUCAUUUGAUUACAAAUAUAGUAAACCUGUAACUGUAUUUUCAAGAAACAAAAUGAUUGUAUUGCUCCGGCAAAAUGCGGGGGCUU